GAUAGUUUACUUGCUUAACCAGUGACAUGAUGAUCUAUUUCAUACAUGGACAAUAAUGUGUUGUUAUCAAUUAUAUCAGUAUGCAAGAAUCCAUCUACGUUUUUUCAUUCCUUUUCUUCAUAUCACCAUUUGUCUAGGUGUAUUAUUGCCUUUACUAUUAUGUGAAUCUGAAUUGCAUCGAAUUGUUUUCAUUGAACAGGAUCUCAUUCAUUUCCUUUGCUUUUUUGCCUUUUUCGGUAUUUCACUUAUUACCUACUGUUUGACAAGUUGCAUUGAUCCGGGUUAUUUGACUGCUGAAAAGGCUCGAUGGUUUCGGCAUCGACGCGGUCAUAUUUCGUUAAUUAGUGAUUCUGAUGAUGAGCGACCUAUAUGUAGCAGUGAAUAUGAUACUAAUACAACUUAUGAUAAGAAAAUACCAUCAGAUCAGACUCAUUCACAAUUAGAAUCACGCUUUCAACAUCAACUUGGUCGAUCUGAAACUCAAUGUACAAUAGGAGGAAAUAUUACUGUUCAAGCGAAGCCAAAUAAAUUCUCUAUGAAUUUAAACAAGAGUUGGCCAAAUAUUUUUUGCUCUAAAAUGAAUACAGAUUGUGAAGUUUUAGUUAAUUUAUCUAUUCCUGUGAGAUUUUGUAAACAUUGUCUUCUAGAGCAACCAUUGCGUUGUCGUCAUUGUCCAGAUUGUAAUCGUUGUGUUUUAAAAUUUGAUCAUCAUUGUCCGUGGGUUGCAAAUUGUAUUGGAGAACGUAAUCAUUCUGCAUUUGUUGUAUUUCUAUUUUGUCAAACUGUUUCAAUUUGGUGGUGCUUCUAUUAUUGUUGGUAUUCUCUAGUUGAAUCAUCAAAAUGGGAUAUUUGGUUUCAGAAUAAUGGUCUAUUCUUAUUUUUUAUGAUGCUACUCAUUAUUUGUGGAAUACCGGUUACAGUAAUACUUGGAUUUCAUAUCUAUUUAGCUUUAGUGAAUAAAACAACAUGGGAAACAGUAGCACAUGAUCGUAUCACUUAUUUACAAAGUUUAAAAUCUGAUGAAAAUCCUUUCAAUCAGGGUUUCUUAUGGAAUUGUUAUGCUUUCUGUUGUUCACGUCAUCCAUACGGUUGGGAUCGUAUUUAUGCUAAUUCUGCUGAACGACAUACAACAACAACAACAGCAACAAUUACUACAACAACAACUACUACUACUACUAAUACAACUAUUACUAUAAAUACUAAUAAUAAUUCAAUCAAAGAAAAUGAGUCCAAUAAUAUUAAUGAUAAUAUCACUAUGCCUGUAAAUGAUCCAAAUAAUAUAAUUAUGACUGUGUAAAUUAAAAGUUGCUUAAGUUUUUGUUUAUUUUCUGUAUUAUUUAUUAUGGCAUUUGCAUAAUUAACUGCUCUGCUUAUUAUUAUUAUUAUUUUUUUAAGCACAUUUGUGUGUAUUAUUUAAGAUUUUCAUUCAAAUUAUACUGGUGUUCUGUUACUUGUUAUACAUUUCCAAUUAUUACACAUCACCUUAUGUGAUGGUGACUGGUUUCUAAAAGAUUAUUGUUUCGCCUCUCACCGGUGUGCGUAUAUAUAUAUGUAUAUUUAUACAUUACUCACCUGAACCCAAUAACUUUUUGACUUUAAGUUUGCUUUUUUGUUUCGCUUCACUUUUCAUCAUUUUUUUUAAAUUCUGCUUAUCGAAAGAUUUUUCUUUUCAGAUUUCAAUGAUUUAAAAAUGCAGUAGUUUUACAUUCAUAUCAGUGAGUUAUGUUUUUGCUUCUAGUUAUGUCUGUAUAUAAUAUAUAUAUAUGUGUGUGUGUGUGUGUG